AAUGCAUCCUCUCCUCGGACUAAUUCAGUCAACUCUAUUAUAAAAUUCAGACGCGAUGAUACCUUUCUUCAGGCUAAUGUUCCCCACUAUCCCAAUCCCACUGUUGGUAUCAUACUUUCAUGUCGCACCUUUCUCUCUCUCGAAUUCAUGGCUGAUCCACAUAACCCUAACCCAGUUGCUGAAGAGCCAUCAACAGCAGCCCUAGUAGUUCCACUGAUUGAUCCAAACCAUAACAUAAUCCGAAUAAAAGAUGAAGAAGUUAAAGAAGAAGAAUUAACUGAUACAGAAUUAGAGGAAAACCUGCAAAAACUAAACAACUUCUUAUUAUUGUUUGGUUUUCAUCAAUGUUCAUUAUCAGGGACUAUAGUAUCUUGGGUUGCAUUUGCAAUUAUUGGUGUUUCAGUGCCAGUUUUAAUACUAUUGCUUCCUAGUUGUUCAGGUUGUGAAAAAUAUCAAAUCAAUAAAUUUGAACUUGAUAUUUUAGCUUCUCAAUCUCUUCUUGCUGCCAUUUCUUUACUUUGUGUUUCUCAUAAUUUGAGGAAACAUGGGAUUCGAAAAUUCCUUUUUGUUGAUCGCUAUCAUGGUCAUAUGGGGAAAUUCCGGGAAGAGUAUGUCAAGAUGAUCCAGGGUUCGUGGAAAGUCUCUUUCUGCCCUCAUCCCACGAUCCAUUGUUGGAUGGGAACCCGUUUGGGUAAAUACCUGGCAUUUGUGGUGAAUCGGAGACCGUGUGCUCCAAAUGCUGGAUUCUUCAGCUUGCUUGUUCUGUGGAUAAUACCAUGCUUUGUUUUGAAAACUGUUCGUGAAGUUAUCCGAGUUAUAUAUGUUGAUCAUGAGUCGUGGUGGAUCUCAGUUGCUAUACUGUUUGCUUUGCUUUCCUCAUGGGCGUAUUCUACUAUAAUCUCUCUGUCGGCCAGUGUUUUGCUCAAUUUAGUGUGCAAUCUUCAAGUUAUCCACUUCGCUGAUUACACGAAACUCUUGGAAAGUGAUUCAGAUGUUAUUGCACUUAUUGAUGAACAUGUUCGUUUAAGGCACCAUCUCUCUAAGAUAAGCCACAGAUUCCGUAUUUUUCUUCUUUUGGAAUUCCUGGUUGUGACAUGUAGUCAAGUGGUUACUCUGUUCCAAACUACAGGGUAUCAUGGAAUCAUCACUCUCAUCAAUGGAGGGGAUUUUGCAGUCAGCUCCAUCGUCCAAGUCGUUGGCAUAGUCAUCUGCUUACAUGCAACCGCAAAGAUUUCUCAUAGAGCACAACGUGUUGCAUCUGUUGCUAGUAGAUGGCAUGCCUUGGUAACAAGUAACUCACCUGAUCCAUCUCGUAUGAGAGGCUCAAAUAGUGUGGGGAACUUCGAGGCACUUGCUAAUCCAAUAAGAUCAAUACCUACAGUCUUCUCUGAAAGUGAUUUGGAGUCGUUGGAUAGCAUUGGACCACCAAAUUAUACACAGCUGGCUUCUCAUGUGUCUUCAUACAAUAAGAGACAAGCAUUUGUUUUGUUAUGCAGUAAUGUAUCUGCAGUCCAACCGGCUGGAGUCACAAUCUAUGGAUGGACGGUAGACCGAGAACUCAUCAACACAGUUUUCCUAAUCGAGUUCUCACUGAUACUUUUCGUUCUUGGGAAAACCAUGAUCUUCACUUGAAAACCAACUUAAAGUUUGCCAUCCAACAAAAAAUGUGUCCGGCUGAGUAUUGCUGUUCCCCAUGACAUGAAGUAGAACAUAAAGUCUUUUUUCCGGUUUUGCUCAGGGAUUGAGAGGGACCUCUGAGGUAACACAGGUUCCGCCAAAAACAGAAUGCAGACAAAGACUAGAAUAAAGAAGGUGAACAGCUCGCAAUAUGCUCAUCAUUGGACGUUUUAACUCUGAAUAUCAAUCCUUCCCUGUUAUUAUUUUGUGUUUUGGUUGAUCGGGGUUGGCUAGUGAAUGUAAUGUUCUCCGUAUAUAAAAAGUAUAACUACACGAACGAAUUACUCAGUGUAAUACAAGUUUUCAUAUAUAUUUGAAACUUCCUUAUACAUUUUUUUUC